AUGACUGGUAUUGAUUGCAGUAUACAACCAACUUGCCUUGCCGUGGCCAACUGCUCCACGCGGGGGGUCUGUGUGGACUGGGACACCUGUCUGUGUGAUCACGGCUGGGGAGGGGAGAGCUGUUCCAAACCGACCUGCAAAGAUCUGGACUAUUGUUCAGGUCAUGGCACAUGUGUUGAGUAUGAUAUAUGUGAGUGUAACCGGGGCUGGACGGGCGUUAGCUGUGCGCUUCCCGACUGUAGCGGCGUGAGCGACUGUUCCGGGCGGGGUGAAUGUGUAGGACCGGACGUCUGUGAGUGUUACAGCGGGUUCAGGGGACAGAAUUGCAGCCUGACGUUGAACUGCACCGAGUUGGAUGACUGUAAUGGACAGGGACUCUGCGUCAUCACACCUGGAGACGGACAGUCGAAUGUUUCAUGCAGGUGUUUCAUAGGUUUUACCGGGGCCAACUGCAGUGACGUCUCGUGCCCCGAUGUUAACGAGUGUUCCGGGAACGGACAGUGUGUGGAGCCGAACCUCUGCUCGUGUGACGCCGGUUUCACAGGGGCAAGCUGCGCCAAUUUCUCGUGUAAAGCAAUGGACUUCUGCUCAGGUCAUGGGGAAUGUGUCAGCUAUGAUGAGUGCCGAUGUUACGAAUCCUGGAGCGGACCGUCCUGCUCGAUUGCAAACUGCAGUGGUGUCAACGACUGCUCUUCAAAUGGUGUAUGCCUCUUGCCAAACACGUGUGAAUGCACUAGCGGGUAUGACGGGCUAUCCUGCGACCAGUUUAGCGCUCCCAAUGAAAAUGCCCCAGUGUUUACAAACGAGACAUUCGCCGUCAGUAUUCGUGAGAAUGUACCGAUCGGAACAAAGGUUACCACAGUUUCUGCAGACGAUGCCGAUACAGGACGUAACGGCUGCAUCACGUAUUCUAUUUCACCCGGUAGUUCAGCGGAGAUGUUCCUUGUUGAUAGUGAGACAGGUGAAAUUUUCACACUCACUACUAUUGAUUACGAAACACUGACUGAGAAGACAAUAUCUCUUGUUGUUAUUGCAAGAGACAAAGGUGUUCCUUCCAUGUCUGCCUCAGCGACCGUUGCGGUGACUGUGCUGGACAUGAACGAUAACUGUCCGACAUUCCAAGACGACGCCACAACCAUCCAGCGCACGCUUCGCCCCGGUCAGUCAUUUAACAUCACGGCUACUGACAGAGAUAGCGGCGUGAACGGCAAAGUUACGUUCUCAAUACUAGGAGAGGAAAACAGCCGUCGAUAUUCUGUUAACGAGUCAACCGGUACGGUAACCUUUAGUGAUGGCAUUACGCCGGGGAAGUACACAUUCGUUAUUGUGGCUAGUGAUCAAGCAGUCAUCCCCUGUUCAUCCCGUAUCACCGUAACUGUGAUUGUUGUGGAUAGCAUGCCCGAACCAGAACCGGUAAUGUCAUCUACAGGUGUAAACGCACCGAGUUUCACAGUGACGGAUACUAGUACCUUGUUCAAUUCUGCUCAUACAUCUUCCACGUCAUUCGAUGCAUCAACGCAGCUACUUUACCCGUCAAUACCUCAAACAUCAACGCGCCAUCCCACGUUCUCCACCCCGACAAUACCAUCUCCAGGCCGUUUAACGUCGACGCCCCUGGCACCAUCACAAGUGACCUCCAAGCCACAGCAGAUUUCUUCAACCGAAGUACAACAGCCUGUCACACCAUCUCUAAUGCCUGUACCUGGUCAAGCCGCCUGUUCAUCCCCUGUCACAGUAACUGUGACAGCUGUGGACAGUACAUGCACAACAAUACCCGAACCGACACUCUUGUCGACUACGACAGAUGGAGACCCAUCAGGCAUCACCGCAUCACAGACGACCAUCACGUCAACGCCACAGCCCACAGCUGCAACUUCACCAGCAAACACCGUAGAACAACCAGAUCAAAGCGUCACAACAACAACAACAACAUUCCUUCUGAGGAAUGUCGGCAUCGAAAUGAUUCUGGACAUGGUAUGGGAUGAAGAUCUUGCUUCUCCCACGUCGGAGAAGCACAGGAGGCUUUCAUCAGACAUAUCAACUGCACUACAACAUGCUACAAUCGAGAUUGUUUUCAUGCUCAGGGAAGGGAGCACGGUCGCCGAUUUGCAGCUACUUCAUAAUGGCGGGGAAGGUUUUGACGACGUCGCCACGAGUAUGCUAAGGCAAGCUUCAACAAACGGGCUGCAAGUGGGAGGGACGAGAGUGACGGGGCUUGACCAGAAAGUCGACCAGGACGUGCCUACGGAAAGAUCCGACCGGACAAGUCGAGUCGGGUCGAACAUUGUCUUCUUCUCUGAUACGGAGGUGUGGCGGAGGAAGAAGGCAGGAUCGCGCCCUGCUGCACACUCAGGUUUCCUGGGCGCCACCGUGGCAAGUUUGUGUAACUCGCCUCCGAGCAGAGCGCAGUGUGAGACCAUGACUGUCCGUCUAGCCGAGCGGGCCUGA